AUGUCGUACGUGCCUGAAAUUAAGAAACGCAAAUAUGAAGAUAUCGAAUGUUUUGAGGCCGUAUUUGAUGAAAUUACGAUGUUUAGUCGUUUUUUAUCAAAAUUUGAAUCGAGUUCACGCGAGCGCUUCGAAAACGAACAAGAAUUGUCGACGCAGCGAAAAUCACGUUUAUUAGCAAGCGAGAAGGAUUUAAUUACUAAACAGAAUAAAUUAUGCGAUGAACAACAGAAUUUUAAUUCGAAAAAAGCAGAUGUUUUUAAACUAUUUGAAAACGAAAUUAGCGCAUUAAAACGAGAAUACGAAACGCACAUUGAAGCAAAAGAAAACGAUAUAGCUUUAUAUAAAACUGAAAUAUCGGAAUUAGAAGAAAAAGUUAUCGAACAUAAUGAAUUUGAAAAAUAUAAACAUGAAGUUGAUGGACGUGAUCAAAAAGUCAAACAACGCCUUGAUGAAAUUGAAAAUGAAUAUGUUUUACGUAAGGCCACAUUAGAUCAGAAACAAAACGAAAAUGAAACGAAAGAAUCUGAAUUAAAGAAUUAUGAAGAAUCGUUAGAAAAUAAUAUUAAAUUAAAACAGAAGGAGCUGGACGAAGAUUAUACGGCAAAAACAACAGAUUAUGAACAAAAGCUCGCCGACAUGAAGAUUCAUUAUGACAAUGAACAAACAGCUAUAAAGAAUACGAUUGAAUAUGAAUUUCAAAUGAAACAUGAAUUAUACUUAAAUGAUCAACAACAGAUUAUCGAUAAUUUGAAAGAGGAAUAUAAAAUGAAAACGGAUAAACUCUAUGCUAAUCUAGAACGAGAAAAAGAAAUAUUACACAACCAAUAUGAAAAUCAAAAAGCCAAUUUAACGGAGGACAUUUUAAAUCGGGAACAAGAAUUAGAAAAAAAGAAUGCUAAACUCCUUGAAAAAGAAACAGCAUAUCAAAAGAAAUCCGAACAAUUGGAAUUAGAUCAUAUUCAACUUGAUUUAAAGGAACAAGAUCUUGCCCGUGAAAUCGAUUCGAUUAAAGAAUAA